AUGGCGACGGAGAUGGGAUCAAAACUCGAGAACGUUUUGGACCGAAUUUGUAAUGUUUUACAAGAUUUACAUGAAACGCAACGAAAUUCCACGGGAACAGGAAAUGCAAUUCCAAAACGGAAGGUACAUUUUCACUCCUACGAUGAGACAAACGAAACGAUGGAAAACUUUAUCGAUCGAUUAGAAAACUAUUUAGAAAGAAAAGAAAUCGCAGAGGAUAAGGAAAAGGUGGGAAUGCUGCUUGAACUUAUUCCGCCGUCAGUAUUCCAAACGCUCACAAAUUUGACAGUUCCGGAAAAGCCAAAGGCAAAAACCUACGACGUAUUAAUUAACUUGUUGAGGACACAUUUGAGCCCGAAGCCGAACGUAUUUGCACAGCAACAUCGCUUCGCAGUGCGAAUACAGAAUGAGAGUACCGAUUGUGGAAAAUCGACCAUCGAGACACAUUUGCGGACACAAUUUAUUCGUGGAUUACGUGACGACGAUAUUCGGCAGGAGUUGUUGCGUCUAAAAGAGGACACAAAGUUCGACGAAAUUGUACGGGAGGCGACAGCGAUUAACACAUCAAAAAUUGAAAGCAGAGAAAUCCAGAGAAGCCAGCAAACCCAUAGUGAGCCUGUUAAUGCAGUGAAGGAGCAACGAAAAUGGAAAGCGUACGGAGGCCGACAAAAAGUUAACCCGACAUCGUCGACAGAAACUACAAGAUUUGACUUCACGGGAAAAUGUUACAGAUGCGGCCACGAAGGACACCGUGCUUUUAGAUGUUCCAUGAAAGACAAAAUUUGUGCGAAGUGUAAGAAGGUAUGCCACAUUGCCACCGUUUGUAUGCAGGGGGGAAACAUUAAAACAGUUCGACAAGUAACGCAAUCCGAAGAUAAUGAUGACAUCGUUGAAGACGAUCAAUUUGAAAUGUAUACGAUUGGAAAUAUUUUUCACAUGCACGGCGUAAAAAGCGGAGGGAGUGGCAAGUUUAUGGUGAACAUCCAGGUGGAAGAGAACAAUUGUGAAUUUGAACUGGAUACGGGGGCAGCAGUUUCGACGAUGUCUUACCGAAAUUUUUUGAAGGUGUGUCCUGGGCUCUCGAUUUCCGACACAUCUUCUCGAUUGAGGACUUACUCUGGUGAGAUAAUUGAGCCACUGGGCACAUGUAAUAUUACGAUCAGUUUUGGAAACAAAGUAACCAUUGGGCGCUUAUUUAUUGUGGGAGAUGAUGUUGACUCUAUUUGCGGCCGACAGUGGAUUAGGAUCCUGGAUCUUCAUAAACGUCCGCUGAAUGACUUAGAAAUUCACGAGGUCACGGUCACGCAAGCAAAUUCCGAUGAAUUGUUGAAGUCGUUUUUGAAGGAAUUCGGCGAUGUUUUCGAUGAUAAAUUAGGUCGAAUUCCAGCGAUGGAGAGCAAUUUACAAAUGCUAGAGAACACCGCACCAAAAUUUUGGAGAGCUCGACCAGUACCGUAUGCCUUGAAAGAUCGUGUGAACGCUGAAAUUGAUCGACUAGAGGCGAUGGGCGUGAUUGAAAAGGUUGUUCACAGUCAAUGGGGAACACCCGUGGUUCCGAUUGUAAAAUCUGACGACUCCAUUCGUUUGUGUGCGGAUUACAAGGUGACAUUGAAUCGAUUUUUGAAGGAUGACAAGUACCCCAUUCCCAGGAUCGAAGAUAUUUUUGCGAAAAUGAGCGGGGGAAGAUUUUUCUGUACACAUGAUGUCAGUCGCGCGUAUCUACACAUGCCUGUUGACGAACAUAGCGCAAUGUUGCAAGCCAUAAGUACUGAAAAAGGGGUUUACAAGGUCAAUAGAUUAAUGUUCGGAGUAAAGACUGCACCCAAUAUCUGGCAGCGCUUUAUGGAUCAACUACUGCACGAAUUGGAUGGGGUAGCCUGUUUCUUUGAUGAUAUAAUCGUGCAAGGAUCAACGAUGGAAGAAACUAUGCAAAGAUUAAGAAACGUACUGAAGAAACUGCGAGACAACGAUUUGCACUUGAAGAAGGAAAAGUGCCAAUUCUUCAAGUCGAACGUGAAGUAUUUGGGCCAUCGAAUUGAUUCGAGGGGCCUGCAUCCUCUGGAUGAUAAGACCACUGCGAUACGCAAUGCUACAACACCUACAAACGUCGAGGAACUGCGUACAUUUUUGGGCUUGAUAAAUUAUUAUCACCGUUUUAUACCCGAUCUGGCUACAAAGAUAAAACCGUUGAACAGUCUCCUGGGAAAGGAGGUUAAAUUUAUCUGGUCAGAUAAAUGCAAAAAGGCGUUUGAUAUAAUAAAAAAAGAAUUGACCAGCGACCGGGUUUUGAUGCACUAUGACCCGAAAUUGCCAUUGAUCGUGGAAACUGAUGCAUCAUCUGUUGGUCUCGGUGCCGUGUUAUCACAUAAGAUGUCCAAUGGAAUGGAAAGACCAAUCGCCUUUGCAUCCCGAACAUUGUCGAAAAGCGAACAAAAUUAUAGCCAAAUAGAUAAGGAAGCAACCGCAAUUUUUUGGGGCAUUAACAAAUUUUUCCAAUAUUGCUACGGCCGGAAAUUUGUAUUGCGCACGGACCAUAAGCCGCUAGUGACGAUCUUUAACCCCGACAAGGCACUACCAACGCUUUCAGCAAUGCGAAUGCUGAAUUACGCAAUAUACUUGUCAGAAUUCAAUUAUACAAUAGAGUAUCGGAGCACGCACGAAAAUUUAAAUGCAGAUUAUUUUUCACGUUUCCCAGAACCAACAAAGAUUGCUGAAGACGAAACGAGCAUAUUUCAAACGAAGCAGAUAGAGUACAUGCCAGUAACACGAGAACAAAUUCGACGAGAAACUAUUAAAGAUGAAGUAUUGCGUAAAGUUUGCCACGAACUGGAGAGUAGUUCAUCGAACCCGAACGAAACACAAACGAAGUAUAACAUGCACGAUGGAUGCAUUUUCUAUGGUAUGCGCGUUGUCAUCCCAAAAUCACUGCAACAAACAGUUUUGAACGAAUUACACGAUGCUCAUUUGGGAAUGACGAAGAUGAAGGCUAUGGCACGUUACGUUACUGUUUUUGGAAUGGUAUUGAUGCCGAUAUUGAAAUGA